CACCUGCUCUCUCUCUCUCUUACGCUUUUGACCAACCGCUCCGCACUAGCGGCCGCGCCGCGCGCCCACCGCCACCGCAUACCACCUGCAGAGCUGUGACGCGCCACGCCACGCCCACGCCCACGCCCACGCCCACGCCUCGCCACCACCUUCCGCGGCGAUGUCCGGCCCCGGCGGGCGGGAGCGGGAGGCGGCGGGGCCCGCGUUCUCCUUCUCCGUCGACCUCGUGGCGGCCGCGCGCCGGCUGCUCGCGCUCCUCCGCUCCGGGGACGGGGAGCGGGGUGGAGCUGGGGUGGUGGGGCCGCGGUCCGUGCGGAGGUACGAGGAGCUGUGGAUGCCGCUCGUGGCGGCGGAGGGGGCGGGAGGGGAGGCGCCGAUGCUGGUGCCGCCGCCCGACGUGCGGCUCGUCUGGCUCUGCCACUGCUUCCACCAUGAGAGCUAUGCUGCUUACUGUGCAUCAAGGUUUGGACGCCUCAUCAACCGUCCGUCGAUCCUUGAUGCUGAUAAUGAAGAAUAUGCCGCUGACCACUGUCGGGAUGUCUGGGCUGCACACUAUCCAUCGGAGCCAUUUGAUCUUGAAGAUAAUGAAACUGAAGGAAACAGUAGUAAUGACAAAUCUGCUAGUGAAAUUAUCGAAAUGGUUCAAAGAUAUACUGGCCUAGCAGCCCGCUUUGCCUCACCCUUCAUCUCAGAAGGUGUCUAUCAUGUUGCUGCUAGGCGGAGAUACAUGCGUUUCCUUGAACUUAUCAAGAAAAUUGUGAGUACAACCCAAGGAAACACGCGGCUGGUGCCUAGCCUGGACAUACUGCUAAUGUGGCUUGCUCACCAGAGUUUCCCAGUGAGCUAUUACGCAGACAUGGCAGCGAUGGCCGUCAAGGAUAAUGUUGCAAAAAUAGUUGUGGGUUAUGGGGAAGUGGUGAGUGAAGAGAUGGUGGAGAGAACAAGGGUAUUGUGGGAGGAGGCAUACGAUGAACCAUACGAUAUGGCUGGAUCAGAGAUUGAUAAAGCAGAAGUUGAUGCAGCGAGAGAAGCAUUCUAUUGGGAGACAGCAGCAUCAGAAGAGGAUGCUAAUCGACUGUACAAAGGGCUGCAACCUAGGUUCAUUAUGGAGGUAUAUGUGUUCCUGAAAGGAGAAUUUGACAGUGAACACACCAGUAAGGAAUUCUUACGUUUGCGGACACAGAGGUGUUACAGAUCACUAAAGCUCAACAUACCACUGUUCAAUUUAUCCUGCAAAAACUGGCAAAAAACAUGGCACCUAUAUUGUGAGUUUUCAACAAGAGGCCUCAUCAUUGAGGUCAGACGCAGCACAAGUGGGUGCUUCAGGAACAGCAAGCUCAUCAAGAACAUCUCAUUCUCAUGGAGUGAUAUGUUGCAUGAGAAAUCCCUCAUGCUUACAGAGGAGCUUGAUGUUAGGAUGAAAGCAAUGGCAUCAAUCACCCCUCCGGUUCAAGCACCAUACUUGUUGAAGUGCGUACCUGACCGAGUUACCGAUGAUGGUGGGGCUAUGAUUUCUGAUGUCAUAUUGCGGACAAAAGGUUACCGUCCACAAGAAGGACGAUGGCUGACUCGCACGGUGCUUGAUCAUAGUAGGAAAGAAUGUUUUGUCAUUCGGAUAAGAAUAGGCAGAGGGAUUUGGCGGAGAGGUGCUGAAACUCCCAUAGCAGUGAAAUGGGAGGACAGAAUCAUUGAGAUUAGAGAGGGUUCAUGGUCAUACAUUGCAAAUGCAAGCUCCGUCGGUUAUGCUCCUGAGAAGGUGGUGGGAACAGCAACCCCAGAAAAAGAUCAACAGGACAGCAAGGUGGUUUGGCGCUUUUCAACUGGAGAUGUACUGACGGUAAAGUUGGGAGAUGACUUAAACUUCCAUAUUCGAAAUGAAAGCUCAGGAGAAGAGGCAAGGCUUCUUGUAGGGAGGAGAUUGAACUACAGAAUAAACAAGGAAAGCACAUUAAAUGACCGCAAUGAUGAGGAGGAAUACCUUACCCUAGUUCGUACAUCACCUGAUCAUCUAGGUGACAGAGCAACUAUGCUCCUCAACUGGAAACUACUUGCGGUAGAAUUCUUACCUGAAGAGGAUGCAGUUUUUGUGCUUCUCCUGUGCAUGGCAAUCGCACGAACCAUGACAGAGAUUAGGAGAGAAGAUGUAUCUGGGCUUUUGGUACGACGAAGAAUAUGUGAAGCGAAGGUUGGGCAGAGAGACUGGGGUUCAGUGAUGCUCCCAAACUCACCUUCUCUUGAUCCUCAUUUGCAACCGUGGUAUCGGAAUGCAGCGCAUGUAUUAAGCUCUGCAGAAACAGCGUCUAACAGGGUGAUGCUUAUGAAGUAUUCACCUGCUGAUGGCAAGGAUGAGUUGUACAGGAAAGCUCUUAUACCUUAAGCCCCGAUGGAGAAUUGGAGAUGAUUCCUAUCAUGGCUUGUACAGGAUUAGUUUUGAGUUGUCAUUUCACUAAUGGUGUUGAUCUUUGAUACAGAUCUGAUUAUGGUUGUAAAAUAUGGUUUAUAACAACAGAAACUUAACAUUCCACCACAAAAGGGCUUGCUUUUUGUUUGUUCUUUUGACCAAGGAUGUGCAGUUUUUUUGUACUUUUUGUUGAGUAAAAGUUUCCAUUCCUUUGUGUACAUUGUAAUUCUGAAGGGUUCACCGGUUCAGUGGUGCAAACUUCAGUUCCAGAAUACACAUGUUUCACUUCACUGAUAA